CUUAGGUGUAAGAGAGAGGGAGAGAGGGAGAGAGGGAAACAGGGAGAGGGAGAGGGGGAGGGGCGGGGUGGGGGAGAUUCCACAGCAGGGCUCUGAGAAACCAUGGCCUUUCAAUCUCCAUGGCUGGGUACCCAAGCACUGACUGUCCUACUCACUAGGCUGAUUUUGGGUGCACCAGAACCCUGCCCAGGCUUGAGCCCUGGGGAAACUAAAUUAGAGGUAUGGAUUCAACCCCUCCCAGCAGAGGGAGGUCCACUCCCAGGAUAUAACUUCAGCCCAGCCCAGGACUCUCCUACCGACCCUCUGCAACAGCAUGAAGCCCAAAUGGACCCACUUUUCUCUGUGGCUCCUUGUCUUUUCCAUGCUCCUCCACACACUUGCUGGGAACCUAUUUCCUGAACCACUCAGGAGUCAACUGUGUGAAAGUGGGCAUCUCGGAGAGUACUGCAACUACCCAGUGAAGAAGGGCAACUGUAACUUAGUCCUGACCAGAUUCUACUACAACACGCUCACGUUCUUGUGUGAGCCCUUCAUCUUUUCUGGCUGUAAUGGCAACAGAAACAACUUCCAUCAAAAGUAUAUCUGUGAAAAAUAUUGUCUUCGAGAGGUAAGUCUUUUGGUACCUUGCCCUGUCCCCAGUGACAAUACUAGGGAUCAUCGUUUUUCAGGAAAAAUCAAGUGAGGCCAAGGGAAAGUAGGCAAGAAAUCAAUUAUACCUGGGUUGGGGGUAAAUGACAGAGAUAAAUUUCACUGUCCUAGGUCACUUAGUCCAACAACAUUCUUGAAACUGUGAAAACUGAAGCACAGAGAAGCUAAUGAUUUGUCUAAGCUAACUCAGAAAAGAGACAGGGAUCCAGAGCCCCGACUCUCCUCCUAGGGCCUCACACCACCAGGAUGGCCUCAGGUCUUUGAGAGCCUGUCCAACACAUCACUGUUUCACAGCAGGGGAAGCAGGGAUCAUGGUUCACCAUCUGUAGUCAACGGCUAAGCAAUGGUUUUCCACUCCAGAGCAGAGAUAGAACUUGAUUUGCAUAU